AUGUCUCCCAAUUCAUCAUCAAUAUCAAGAUACCUCUCUGGCCUACUGCUGUUCCUGCACCUCCAGUUUAUAGCGACCCUGGCGCUUCCAUCCAGAAAUGCGAACACCCUGGCGCAAGUGAAAAUACGACAAAUCCCACCAAAGCCGUCCCCAUUCCCACCAUUACCACAUCAUACUCUGGUACGCCGACAGCCAAAUGCGCCGGCAACGGUUGCAGGCUUGCCAUAUCCCAUCGACACAGAUUGCUACUUCGCAAACACGGCUAGGAAACUGGUUUGCAAACGAUCGGAUAUUAGUCCAUCCCAGCCUGGUAAAUAG